CAAUGAUCUGAGUCAGACAGUUUUUAUGAAAUUACGAGUCACGAAUAUGAACUACACAAAGAAUCUGACGGAUAGACAAAGCGAAGAGUUUAAGAUAUUGGAAACGAAAUUUACGCAGCUUUUGAGGCCACUUCUUCAAUCAAUGGAUGGAUUUGUUGGGAUGGAGGUCGUAGGAUUUAGUUACGGGUCACUGGUUGUGAACAAUGAAUUACAUUUCAAAGACCACGCCCCUGAAAAUGUCAAGGAAGACGUAAGAAAACGAAUCGAAGCAGCCGAAGGAUAUUUCAAAUAUGCUCAUCUUGCGGUGGAUACAAAUGCAUUGGAAAUUCUGAAACCUAAUGAAGCCAACCUUUGUGAAUUCGUCCAAUGUCAACUCUACUCAGAUUGCGUCGUUCGGACAAGUUUCAAAACUGAAUGUGUUUGUAGGCCGGGAUAUAUAUCCGUUGAUCCGCGAAACUGUGUGUCUUUGUGUGACCUCGAACCAGGAUAUUGCAGAAACGGCGGGAAAUGUCACAUAGUCCCGGGUAGAGGAGCCGUUUGCAGAUGUCAGGUCCAAUAUAACUGGGCGUAUAGUGGAGAAAGAUGCGAAGACUUGUUGCCAAAAUCUGUCUUGCUGGUCAGCGUGUCAACUGGAGUAGCUUGUGUAAUGUUCAUGCUAUUGCUGGCUGGUUCGUUCUAUUUCUUCUAUCGGCGAAGACGAAAUAGGAAAGCGGAUAAGCUUGCAAUGGAGGCCGAAGACAAGGAUUUUAUGAGGGCUGCUCAAGUAAUGUCCGGCCACAAGAGAUCGGGAGGACCAGAGAGACUGCAAAGAGUGAAUCCUAUGUUCGUUCAAGAAGGCAGUCCAACGUCUGAUUUCAAACAAAUCUCCACAAGUACGGGUCACACCCCAAGCACAUCAACGUCAUCGCUCGGUCACAGGUCAGAUGGAUCAACCUCAACUUCCAGUUUCUUUGUGAGAGAACAGCUUGGACACAACGGGCCGAUCCCUGGCGACAUGGACACACCAGAGAGACGAAUGCUUAACUUACAAGUUGGGCAAUACCCAAAUCACAGGCAGACAUGGUGCCGAGAGGAUGACGAUAAAAACAAGAAAUCGAAGAAAGACAAACGGGGAGAAAGAAUGAAGACACCGCUCCGACGUUGAAGAAAAACUAGACUUUUGUUUUCGCGUUUUCAAAUACUUGCCUGGACAAGCCAGUUAAUAUAGUUGAAUAAUGAUUGUGAUGUCUCUGGACCUGUUGGAAAUAAGACUGUUCUUGUCAAUUUUUUCGAAGCGUUCCUACCCCUUCAGACUUAAACUGGAAAAAACACGGGCAGUGGAGGCGACCACUGACUUACUAAGAGCUGUUUGAAAGUUAAUGUUUGCUAGAUUCCAAUUUAUUGUUACAAAAUUUUAACAAUUUAAAGCACGAUGGUACUGGGCCCUUUUGAAUAUUUCAGUCCCUAGUCAGGCAUGUGUCCGCGAAGAGCCUUCGUUUGAGCAAAGACGGAAACAAUUUAUAAAAUCGAGUCAUUGUAUAUAUUUAUAUCCAAAAUUUAACAUACAUUUUCUUGUACAA